UUCCUUUUCUAUUUGUCUUAUAGAAUUCAUAUGUGUGAAAGAGAAACUGUGAAUGGCCAAAAUAAAGGAUGUUUUAUCAGAUUCUGGUGCAAUCAUCAAGAGGCAGCGAUCUUCUAAUGAAAGAAUAUCGUGAAGAUGGGAUUCCAAAAGUUGGAGAAGUUUUCAGGUCCUUGCUGAAAAAGAACCAUGAAGAGAAUGACUUGCUUCCAGUUAUGGAAGUGGGAGGCAAAUACAUCAUUCACAUAAAAUGCAAUGGCUUGUAUUUUAUAUGUUCUGCAUCACAAGAUGAACCCCCCUUUGCAGCUUUGGAGUUAUUAGAAAGAUUGAGUGGUCUUGUGAAAGACUUUUGUGGUAUAAUAUCUGAAGAAGCCAUUGUUCAGAACACUGCAUUGGUCUAUGAACUAUUAGAUGAAAUCAUGGAUUAUGGGAUAGUGCUCACAACUUCAACACGUAGUUUGAAGCCUUAUAUCCAGACUGAACCUGUACCAGUGAAAGCAGAUAGACAGAUUGAGGGCAUCUUAGGCAUUGCACCGGGAUUGUUUGGUUCCGAUUUCCAGAUUGCUCCAAGUAAUUCUCCUGAUAAACCACUGGCUCUCAGUCAACAUUCACAGGCACUUGGCAGUCAGAAAAAUGAAGUUUAUUUGGACAUCAUUGAAAGAAUAACAGUACUAGUAUCAUCCAAUGGUUCUGUUAUCCAGAGUGAACUGAAUGGUACAGUGCAUUUGAGAAGCUUCCUUAUAGGAAAUCCUGAACUUGUGAUUGGUUUAAGUGAAGACCUUAUGAUUGGGAGAGGAAGCCCAGUCAGCUCUGGACCAGGAGUAAGACUAGACCAUGUUCAGUUCCAUCCUGCCAUUAGUCUAGCCGAGUUUGAGCAGCAGAGGGUCCUUAGAACUCAGAGUCAAGAAGGAGAGACUACCCUAAUGAAGUAUGGCAUAUCAAAUCAUCUAUCCAACAAUCUUCCAUUCCAAGUAGAAGCAUCUAUGACAGAGAUCACAGAAAAACAGAUUGUAGAAGUAGAGCUUCAUAUAACAUGUCAUAUUGAUCAAAGGCACCAUGCAGUCAACGUCAAGCUCAACUUGCCACUACCUAAAGCUACCACAGAUGUCUCCCCCAGCCUACCAUCACAGACGCACACCAUGGAGUAUAAACGAGGAGAUAGAUCAGCAGUAUGGUGUAUCAAGAAGAUGAUGGGUGGUUCUAAACAUACAGCUAAACUGAGGAUUCAUUUGGACCAUCUAAGCAGCAGUACCUUGAUAGAGAUCGGCCCAGCUAGUUUAGAGUUUGAACUCAAAGACUUCACUUCUUCUAAGCUUCAGAUCCGUUUCCUCAAAGUCUUUGACAGGCACAACUCGUACGUACCAUUCCGUUGGGUUCGUUAUGCAACCCUCAGCGAUUCCUACGUCAUCAGACUCAGAUAACACCCGGACACUCUACAUUCAAAGUGAGGACUCCUGUGAAUCAUUCCUGUGGAGAAUUGGAAUGCCAUGCUGAGCCAUUUAUUUGAUGAUCCUGCAAUAUAACAUUGAAGCACCCUGCAUGCUGAAGAUUCCCAGAAACCAUGAGCGAGUUGUGGUGAGAAGUUUUUUUGCAAUAUGCCUCCAUACAUCAAGGAAGAAAUAUUUCAUUCCCCUAUGCAUGAUCACUAAUCUCUAACAAACUGUUUCCAAUCCCUCUUCAGUUGUAUUAUAUAACACCUACAUAUACUACUACCAUAUGUUGUGAUUUGCAUGCAAGAGUUGAUGAACUAAUAUUGACAUUUCCUGAUCACAAUGACUUAUUGAAGAGCAAAUAUCUACUUCUCUAUUAUUUAGAGAGAAUAAACAAAUUUUGAUAGGAUUAUGCCCUGUUCAAACUAUAUCACUAACAGGAGUGAAUAUAGUUUCAGAUCAAUAUCAAUUGAUUAUGUUGCAAUGCUUUGGUAAAGGCUUAUACAGUGGAAUCUUUCUGUUAUAGCAUUGCAAUAUUGCUGGUCUCAUUUCUACGUAUUCCAUGUUUUUUUAUAGCCCUGACGAACGAGGUUUCAAUGUAGCAAUUGUAUAUUGGUCCCAAGGAGUUAAAAAAAAAAUAUAGGGUUCCACUGAUGAUCGAACUAUCAUGCAAAACUUUUGCAGUCACUGCUUAGUGCUACCUUUUCUGGAUUAUUACCUUUGGGAUAGGUGAUGGUCAUACAAGAUAUUUACAGGAGUGGUGAAUAUAUGUUUUGCUAAUUGACUUGUUACAUUAAAAUGGUCUUUUAAAACAAUCUCUUUAAGCCCCACUGCACUACUUAUAGCUACUUGUGCCCCCUAUAAAGCUAACAAUGCCUAAUCGGUGACCAUUAAUUUGUCCCCCAUGAUCCU